AAAAUCUAGUUUUAUGAGUUUUGAACCUUAUUAAGAAACGAAAAAGAAUGUUAAAGUUGCACCAAUUAAAAUAGUGUAAAAUUAAAAUGAGAUGAAUGUCUCUUAAAAUCAGAAUCCCACAUAUCCUCAACUUAAUUUACAAUUCCCAUUUCAAAACAGAUGCACAAAUUAUAAAUAAUUUACUCCUGCUGUUACGAUUCCAUUAAGCUUUUUACAACAACUCAUUUAAUAAGCCUAGUCGAAUAAGAUAUUAAAUCAACUGAUAGAACCCAAAAUACCACUUGUAAAACAAGAAUAAUCAGAAGCUGUUAAUAACCUCAUUACAUAAAUAUAAUAUUAAAAAUUAGAAAAUAUUAAACAUCAAGAUGGUAAUGCCUAUGCUUAUAAUUAGAAGAUACACAAAUUAAAAUGUUUUUGAUAAAAAGUUAAAUGAAAUUUAUAAUUGAAGAUUUUGUAUCUAAGGAAAGAGUGCAACUCUAUUUUGCUGAAAAUGAAAAUUUAUUACCUCAUUUCUGGAAGUGGAUUAAAUCUAUUGACUUAAAAGGUUUAGAAGAAAUGUUAAUUUUGUGUUACACAAACCCUUCAAAUACAAAAAAAAUUUAGGAUAUUUUUAAAUAACUUUUUCAAACAUUAUCAAUUGAGUAUUACUAAAAUCAUGCUUAUGCUCAAAUUUUGAGAUCCAAUCUCUAAGAUAAAAUUAGAUAUUUAUCUGCAAUAGGAGAUAUCUUAAAUAAAAUUGUAAAACCAUAAGAUUAUUUCUAUUUUAAUAAUGCAUGA